AUGACGGACAUCCACGCAGAUCAGAUUGUAUUCGAGAGUAGCGAAGAAGUCACGAUAGCGCCAACCUUUGAUGCACUCGGACUGAAGGAAAACUUGCUGCGCGGCAUUUAUGCAUACAACUUUGAAAAGCCAUCAGCCAUUCAGCAACGCGCCAUUUUGCCCAUCUUGCGCGGCCGCGACGUCAUUGCACAGGCGCAGUCUGGCACAGGCAAGACGGCCACCUUCUCCAUUUCUAUGCUUCAGACAAUCGACGUUUCACUUCGCGAGACGCAGGCGCUUGUAUUGAGUCCCACGCGUGAGUUGGCCACACAGAUCCAGAGUGUUGUGCUUGCACUCGGCGACUAUAUGAACGUGCAAUGCCACGCGUGCAUUGGCGGCACAUCUAUUGGCGAGGAUAUUCGCAAGCUUGAGUAUGGCCAACACAUUGUUUCUGGCACGCCUGGGCGCGUUUUUGAUAUGAUUCGGAGACGGCAUCUCCGUACAAAAAAUAUCAAGAUGCUCAUUAUGGACGAAAGUGACGAGCUGCUGAACAUGGGCUUCAAGGACCAGAUCUAUGACAUAUAUCGCUACUUGCCCCCUGCUACCCAGGUUGUACUUGUCUCUGCCACACUGCCUCACGAUGUGCUUGAGAUCACUACCAAAUUCAUGACGGAUCCUGUGCGCAUCCUCGUGAAGCGUGAUGAGCUCACGCUCGAAGGUAUCAAGCAGUUCUUUGUGGCCGUCGAGAAGGAAGACUGGAAAUUUGACACACUCUGCGACCUGUACGACACACUGACGAUCACACAAGCGGUCAUUUUCUGCAAUACACGGAGAAAAGUCGACUGGCUCACAGACCGCAUGCGCGAGAACAAUUUCCAGGUUAGCAGCAUGCACGGAGAAAUGCAACAGCGAGAGCGCGACGCUAUCAUGAGCGAAUUCCGUCAGGGCGGCAGUCGCGUGCUGAUUACGACGGACGUGUGGGCCCGAGGCAUUGACGUCCAAAACGUGUCGCUGGUUAUCAACUACGACUUGCCUACGAACCGCGAGAACUACAUCCAUCGUAUCGGUCGUUCUGGCCGCUUCGGCAGGAAAGGCGUGGCGAUCAACUUUGUCACCACGGAGGACGUCAAAACUUUGCGUGAUAUUGAACAGUAUUACAGCACGCAAAUCGACGAAAUGCCCAUGAAAAUCGACGAUCUAAUGUGA